AUGACAAAUAAAACAUUUGAACAAUCACAUUAGAAAGACAUUAAACAAAGCUCUCAAAUGACUAUGAAAUACAAUACUUUAGAUGAUAGUAUUGGAGAAAUGAAAAAAAUGAAUGACCUAAACAGACCUUAGACGUAAGCUAAAAUUACCAAUGUAGCUGGUAGCAUGGCAGGGUCUGUAAAUCAUCACAACAAUUCAUCUAUGCGAAUGAACCAUGAUAAUCACAAUAUUCAACUUAUCAAUAAUCAAAUUGUAAAUCUUAACUACACUGAGUUUUCACGUUAAUCACCCAAUAAGCAUAAACAUACUGGAAGUAUUAUUAGCAGUAAAAUGUCAGAUAAAAAAGUUGGCAAAGCACAUUGGAAUAUUAAUCAUUAAAAAUAAACUGGCUUUAGUUCGAGCUUUAUCAACAUCUAAUCCUCAAAUGGUGAUGAAAAUGAGUAAUUAGGCCGAAACAAUAUAAUAUCUAAAGGGGCUGGAUGCAUUGCAUCUGCAUAUAGCAAAAAUUAUAUGAAAACUAAUGAAAAUUCACAUAUAAGGUCUAUGCUUACAGCUAAUAAAGAUCCUCCUUUUUUUAAUCCAGUUGGGCCAGGGUAAUACAAUAUUAGAGAAACACUGGAUAUUGGGCAUAAGACUCAUUUUCAGGGCUUUAGAAAUUCUCCGUCUUAUUCAAUGCCUAAAUAGCAAUCAGUGCACUAAAAUAUAAAUCGGCAAUAGAAUGAAAGUUCAUAUGCAUAAUCAGAUAAAUUCAGCAGGAAUUCAGUCAGGAAUUAAUUUAUUUAGGAGGCAAAGAGUUUAAUAUAUAUGAGAUAAAAAAUGAAGGAAGUGAGUCCUUCUGAUGAGACUGUCAAGUAAAGAUCUCCAGUAUGCAAGUUUAGUAAGUAUGAGCGGCCUGACAUCUUUCCAGUUCAGGAAUAUAUAAAGAAAGCGAGAAAAUCAAAAAGCAAUUACCAAUCUAUUAAUAACGAUGUAAUGUACAGAGUCACUAGGAAUUCCUUUGGGACUGAGCAAAGGGAUAAACUAAGAGUUUAUCAUCCAGAAAUAGAUAAUAAUCAAUUAAAUGGUUAAUCCCCUAGCCCAGGUCCAGCAGUCUAUGACCCUUUGAAAAGUACAGCUGCUUUCUAAACUUCUAUGAGACCCUCAUUUCCAAAAGCUGAUAGAAAUCUUAGAAUCAAAGGAAAUAACUUGCCAGGCCCAGACUCUUACUAUAAAGAAUUUUCAGAGAAAUAGGUUAUUAAUAGAGAACCUUAAGCUGUUAUUCCUAAAGCCAGAAGAAAUUUGGACAUGAGAGUUUAAAAAGGAUUAUACUGA